AUGCCUCAGAAGCAGCUAACUGGCUGCAUCCUUUUCACAUUCCUAGGUCUACCUGGGCUGGUUGGUGCAGUUACCAGAACAUACUACCUUGGGAUUGUAGAAGAAUACUGGAACUAUGUACCCCAGGGGAAGAAUAUUAUUACUGGAAAAAGUUUCGCAGAAGACAAACUUGCAACUUUAUUUCUUGAAAGAGGACCCAACCGGAUAGGUGGUAUUUACAAAAAGGCUGUUUACAGACACUUCACAGAUGGGACCUAUACCACCGAGAUCGCCAAACCUCCCUGGCUUGGAUUCCUUGGCCCCAUCCUGAGGGCUGAAGUGGGUGAUGUGAUUGUCAUUCAUUUAAAGAACUUUGCAUCCAGAUCUUACUCAUUGCAUCCACAUGGUGUUUUCUACAACAAAGAUUCAGAAGGAGCUUUAUAUCCAGAUGGAACAUCUGGAAGAAACAAGGAUGAUGACAUGGUUCCUCCUGGCAAAAACUACACCUACGUCUGGCCAGUGAGAGAAGAAUAUGCACCUGCUCCUGCAGAUUCCAACUGCCUGACCUGGGUGUAUCAUUCACACAUUGAUGCCCCUAAGGACAUCUGCUCUGGGCUCAUUGGCCCCCUGCUGGUGUGUAAGGAAGGUGUCCUGAAUAGAUAUUCAGGGACAAGGACUGAUGUGGAUCAAGAGUUUGUUAUAAUGUUCACUCUCGUGGAUGAGAAUCAAAGUUGGUACCUUGAUGAAAAUAUCAGACGUUUCUGCACUGACCCAGAUUCAGUUGACAAAGAUGAUGCUGUUUUCCAGAGGAGCAACAAAAUGCAUGCUCUCAAUGGAUACCUGUUUGGAAACUUUCCUGAGCCUGAAAUGUGUGUUGGUGAAUCUGUGUCCUGGCACCUAUUUGGAAUGGGGAAUGAGAUAGACAUCCAUUCCAUCUAUUUUUAUGGUAAUACCUUCAUCAGCAGAGGACAUCGGACUGAUGUUGUCAACCUGUUCCCAGCCACCUUUCUCACAGCAGAAAUGAUGGUUGAGAAUCCUGGGAAAUGGAUGAUAACCUGCCAAGUCAGUGACCACCUACAAGCUGGUAUGCUGGGGCAAUACAAUGUUGGUAACUGCAAAACUGGUGUUUCUCACACCAAGAUGGGUCGACAGAGCCGCUACUUUAUAGCAGCUGAAAAAAUUCUUUGGGAUUAUGGUCCUCAAGGCUAUGACAAAUUCACUAGUCUUCCCUUAAAUGAUUCUAACAGUGACUCUGCAUUCUACUUCACACAAGGGGAAAACAGAAUAGGAGGAAAAUAUUGGAAGGCUCAAUAUACAGAGUAUGUUGAUGAAUCUUUUACUCAAAGAAAGAGACCUUCUGAGACAGAAGCCCAUCUUGGAAUUCUUGGCCCAGUCAUCAAGGCAGAGGUGGGUGAUACCCUGCUAGUGACUUUUGCCAACAAAGCUGACAAAGUCUACAGCAUUUUGCCCCAUGGUGUGCUCUAUGACAAGGCAUCUGAUGCAGCCCCAAACAUAGAUGGAUUUCUGAAACCAGGAGCACAUGUUAAGCCAGGAGAAACCUUCACAUACAGGUGGACAGUGCCUGAAAGUGUCAGCCCAGCAGCUGGUGAUCCCCCUUGCCUGACCUAUCUUUACUUCUCAGCAGUUGACCCAAUCAAAGACACCAGCUCUGGCCUUGUAGGGCCUUUGCUAGUCUGUAAAAAGGGUGCUCUGAAUGCUGAUGGGACACAGAAAGGAAUAGACAAAGAAUUUUACCUACUAUUCACAGUCUUUGAUGAGAAUCUGAGCAGGUAUCUUGAUGAAAACAUUCAGAAGUUUACCUGGCGUCCCUUCAGUAUUGACAAGGAAGACAAAGAGUUUGUAAAAUCCAACCGAAUGCAUGCUAUUAAUGGUUAUAUGUAUGGCAACCAACCAGGCCUAACCAUUUGCAAAAAGGAUAGAGUUUCCUGGCAUUUGAUUGGAAUGGGUACGGACACCGACAUGCAUGGCGUUUAUUUUCAAGGGAACACCAUCAACCUUCGAGGGACUCAUCGUGAUUCCCUGGCUCUGUUUCCCCACAUGGCCACAACAGCAUUCAUGCAGGCAGAUCACGCAGGUAUUUUCAAGGUGUUUUGCUCCACCUUGCAUCACUUCACCAGAGGCAUGAGUCAGAUAUAUGAGGUCAACAGCUGCGGCAACAGGGACCCUUCUGAGCAGCCCUACGGGAUGAUAAGAACCUUUUACAUCGCCGCUGAAGAGGUAGAAUGGGAUUAUGCCCCUAACAAAAACUGGGAGUUCGAAAAGCAGCCCUUGGACGCAGGAGGGGAAAGACAUGGAGAUAUAUUUAUGAACCACACUGAAAACUGGAUUGGCUCUCAGUACAAGAAGGUGGUUUAUAGGGAAUAUACCAAUGGAGAAUUUGUGGAGAUCAAAGCUCGACCACCUCAAGAGGAGCACUUAGCACUCUUGGGCCCAAUGAUUCAUGCUGAGGUGGGUGACUCCAUCCUGAUCAUAUUUAAGAACAAAGCCAGCCGGCCCUACUCCAUCUGGGCCCAGGGUAUAGAAGACAUGGACUAUGGAAAGGGACUCCAAGUGCCCAUUACAAAGCCAGGAGAAAUAAAGACUUACAGAUGGAAUGUCCCUAAAAGAUCAGGUCCGGGGCCCUCUGAUCCCAAUUGUAUUCCAUGGGUUUACUAUUCAAUGGUAAACUUUGUGAAGGAUACAUAUAGUGGUUUGAUGGGUCCUCUGAUCACAUGCCGAGAAGGAGUAUUGAAUGAAAGGGGAAGAAGAAGUGACAUUGAUUAUGAAUUUGCUCUCUUGUUUUUGGUAUUUGAUGAGAAUGAAUCCUGGUAUCUAGAUGACAAUAUUAAGAAGUAUCUCAAUAAAGAUCCACAAGAUUUUAAGCGCACUGAUGAUUUUGAAGAGAGCAACAAAAUGCAUGCCAUUAAUGGGAAGAUUUUUGGAAACCUCCGGGGCCUCAUAAUGAAUGAAGAUACAAUGACGAACUGGUAUUUGUUAGGAAUAGGAAGUGAAGUGGACAUACAUACCAUCCAUUAUCAUGCUGAAAGCUUCCUUUUCAAAAUAGACAAAUCUUACCGAGAAGAUGUGUACGAUCUCUUUCCUGGGACAUUCCAAACCAUUGAACUAUUUGCAGAUCACCCAGGGACAUGGCUACUACACUGUCAUGUGUCUGACCAUAUCCAUGCUGGCAUGGAGACAACCUACACGGUCCUCCGGAACAUAGAUAACAGAAUUCCAUACUCCACCAAGUCUCCUUCUGGAGGGGCAUCCUACCCAGCCGCAGUGCCCGCCAAUGAACGACCUGGCAAGGAGCAGCUCUAUUUUUUUGGCAAGAAUCUGGGUCCAAGAGGAGCCAAGGCAGCCUUGGUCAUCCUUUUCAUUAUGGGACUCCUCCUCCUGAUUGCCACCGUGAUUCUGUCCCUCAGGUUCCACUCUGCAAGGACGCAGAUGGCUUACCGGGAAGUCCAAUCCUGUGCACUUCCCACAGAGGCUCUGUGAACCAUCCGAUCUUCCUCAACAGGAAGAGGUUCCAUAGGUGGCCAGAUAGUAGCCCUCAGGGAAACUGGAUCAAAGCAUCGUUCACCAAGGAAGGCUGACACUGUACCCUGGAUCAGGCUUCUGAUCCUCUGGACCAAUAUUGAAAGCAAUUUGCUUUAUUUAUUUAUUUUUAAAUGGGCUGUGAAUAAUCCUCAGGUAUAAAAUACAGAAAAAAGAAGAAUGCAUGGAACUGACAGAUGCCAACCCUUUGUCUGUUUUCUGAACAAAUUUGCUGUUGCGGGAGACUCUCUGAAAGAUAUUUUCAUAUUCCAUGUUUCAUAAUUUUUAGAUUAAACAGUGCUUCCUUACCUAGCUGUCAAAGUUUCUAGAAGGACAAUUUCUAGAAAGGGUUUCAGCACCUCAGAUAUCUAACUGGAAUAACACUGACUUUCCAACACUCUCACAAGAGAUGCUUCCCUUAGCUGUUAAAGGGAAAAGACAUUUCUGAGUUUGUAGAAAUGUUUAAGUCAAUAUCUGCUAAUAGAAUUGGACCAAAUUAAUUUCUAGAGGCUUUAACCAGCCCUCCUGGCCUUUCCCCCUUUGAUAUAAAUAGCCUGUCACUGUUCUUGUUUAUAAGAGGCAAAAUUAUAUGGUAUUUUUUAAAAAUUGCUGCUGUUUUUAUGCAAAUCUAUAGAAAUACUUGAAUGUUUACAGUUCAUUCCAUGUUAUACGUUUUUACAAUAUGUUUUUUGUGGCAAUGUGUAUAUUUUCAACUAUAGAAUUUAUAUUUGUAUUUCAGACUGUGGGAGGGCUGGGAUCUCUGAAGGAGCAGGCUAGGUUGUCUCACUAUGAGUCAAAGACUCCCUGAGAGUUUAGUGCGAGCUCUCAGUAAGGGAGGAAAACUUCAAGUCUUGGCUUGAAUUUUGAUUCUGAUCUUUCAUUCAGUUACGGGUAAUCCUCCCAUGUCUCCAUCUUCUAUGUAAUCAUAAUCAUCUGAAUAUGUGAGGAUGCCAGUCCAGCUGACUAGUUGGGAGGAGAAUGGAUCUCUCAAAAUCCACAAUUCCAUGUCUCUUAAACACGUAGCCAUGCAGGAAGGAGAAGGAAGGAAAAAGAAAGAAUAGAAGAAAGAGAAUCUCUGCGGCAGUUUUUUAAACCAUUAAAUCGGCUUUGAAGAUAAGUAUUAUGGUUUCUAAGGCUCAUAUGCAAAAGUAAAAUAUUGAACAACUAAACUCAACCCAUUAGGAGGCAAAACACUGUCUCUGCAGACAGGUCUAGACAUUAAGCGCAAGACUGAUAAAAGCAACAUUGUUUAUCAGGAGACUGAGAAAUUGCUCUUAGCUCAGGGCAAACUGCUGUGGAAUGCUGAUGUUAGAUGAGUGAUAUUAGAACAUCUGCCUUAGCAUUGGAUCGUUUGAAUGUCCAGGUGAAUGAGUAGGACCUAAUAAAUACUCUGGUAGAGGGACCUGUCAUACUUUUUCUUCUUCAUCUUGGUGAGGGGAAAUGGAUAAUUUAACAGAAGCUAUAGUCUUACAUAAAAUGGGAUGCAGAUACUAACAAUUCCUUUUGUAUUUGGUUAAUGUCUUAUCAAGCAGGGUAAAAGAUUUUAAAUUCCAGCCUGCUAACCACUGACAGUGUGAUUUUGUAAUAUGUACUUGGCAGUUUUCAUACAUUUGUAGACUAUAUAAUUACAUGAUAAGAAUAAUUAUCUUCAAUACCUUAUUUAUUAUUUACCCUUAGUAAGACAAAAAAUUAUU